AUGUCUGAAACCGAGAGCUUCGACGUUGUCCAGCACGAGGAAGCUGUUGCUUCUCAGUCCGAUGCUGCGGCCACCACCGAGCCUGAGCCUGAGCCCGAGAGCCCCAAGACAGCUGCGACUCCUUCGUCCCCUGAGUCACCAGUCAGGGAAAAGGCAAAGGAGAGCCCUGGAGCGAAGCCCACGCUCAAGCAGCCCGGUGCGCCUUCCACGACCGCUACCCGUCGACCUGGAGCUAUUUCUUCGACCGCCAAGCCAACCACCUCCACCAGCACCACCCGUGCCCCAGGAGGUUUGGCCAAGCCUCCUACUCGUCCUGCUGCUUCGACCGUUCGCCGUCCCCCGACCGCGACCUCCAUGUCGAGCCACCGAAGCCGUCCCAGCAUGAGCGCUAGCGAGGACGACAAGAAGUCAACCACUUCUUCUGUCGCAUCCGCUCGUAGGACGAGCUCAAUCAUGUCCAGCCCCGCCAAGACCGCUGAGAGGCGAACCGUUGGAACUGCCGGUUCGACAACGGCUACCCGCAGACCUCCGUCUUCCGCGACUACUACCCCACGAACUGCUACCGCCAGCCGAACCGCAGCUACUCCUACCGCUUCCGCGACACGAACACCUGUUUCUCGAACAACGGCCGCGACUCCUACCACCAACAAGCGACUUUCUACUUCGGGAUCCUUGACUGCCGCUUCUCGAACCGCACCUCGACCUGCUCCUUCCGCGGAGGCUGCUAAGGAAAUCGAGGCGCUCAAGGCCAAGCUUGCUGAGGGCGAAACCGAGAUCGAGACUCUCAAGGCUGAGGUCAAGACCUCCGAGGAGAAGAUUGCGGAGCUCACCCAGAAGAUUGGUCAGGAGGUCACUCCCACCGAGUCGGGCGACAAGCCUUCUCAUGACAACGAUGAGGCAAUUGCCAACCUCAAGUCUGAGCACGAGGCCGCGAUUGCUGCUCUCGAGACUCAGGUUACUGAGGUCAACGAGAAGCUCCAGGCUGCAGAGGGUGAUCGUGAACAGCUCCGAGCUGAUCUCGAUGCCGCUGUGAGCGCCAUGGAGGCUAGUUCGACAGAGCUUGAUUCUUUGAAGUCGCAGCUCGAGGCCGCCCAGGCUGAGAGCGAGGAGAAGCUCAGCUCCAGCCAAGAAGCACUCCAGAAGGCUAUUGAAGAACAUGCCACCAAGAUUGAGGAGCUCAAGACCUCCCUCGAAGCUGAGAAGGCCUCUGCCAUCGAGGCUAUUGAGGCCAAGAACAAGGAGAGCCUCGAUAAGGACCAGCCUGAUACUUCCGCCCACGAAACUGCUUUGGCUGAACUCAAGGCCAGCCAUGAGGCUGCAACUGCUGAGCUCCAGAAGAAGAUUGACGAGUUGACUUCUUCGCAGUCUGCUUUGGAGUCUGCCAACGACGACAAGGUCAACUCUGAGCAGGAGGAGCAAAAGACCAAGAUUUCCUCCCUCGAGGCCGAGGUUGCGGAUUCCAAGGCAAAGCUCGAAGCUGCUGAGAAUGCUGCCGAGACAGCCAAGUCUGAGAUGGACUCUCUCAACAGCCAGAUCACCCAGCUCCAGUCCAGCUUGUCCGAGAAGGAGUCCGAGCUCGAGAGCGCCAAGGCGGAUCUUGUCAAGGCUCAGGAGGAGGCCGCGUCUCUGAAGGCUGCCGCCGAAGAGGCUCAGAAGUCUCUUGCCGAGAAGGAAGACGAGAUCGCCAAGGUCAAGGAGAUGCACGAGGAGCGCAUGAAGAACAUUUCUCAGGACUACGAGACCGAGAUCGAGUCUCUUCGAGGCGACGCUUUCUUCAAGCGCAAGUACGAGGAGCUUGAGACCCAGCACAAGGAGCUCCAGGCUUCUUCUUCAGAAGCUACCGAGGGUCACAGCAGCGCUCUUGAGGCCGCCAAGGCUGAGCACGCCGCCGCUGUUGCAGCCUUGGAGGAGAAGGAAGCUGAGUACCAGAAGAAUCUCGAUGCUCUUCGUGCCAGCCAUGCCGAGGAGCUUGAGGCAUCCAAGAACUCAACCUCUGGAGACCAUGAUGCCCACAUCGCCGAGAUCGACGCACUGAAGGAGAGCCAUGCUAAGCAACUGGAGGUUCUCAAGUCUGAGGGUGCCAACACCCAUGUUGACGAGAUUGAGUCGCUCAAGGCUGCGCAUGCUAGUGUUUUGGAGACUCUCAAGAAGGAGUAUGAGGAGGAUAAGGAGAAGCUUGUCUCGAGCCACCAGAGCGAGCUUGCCUCCACCAAGGAUGCAGGCGAGACCACACAUGCUACCGAGAUUGCCAGGCUCAUGUCAGAGCUUGACAGCGCCAGGGAGUCCGGUGAGAGUGCCCAUGCUGCUGAGUUGCAGUCUCUGAAGGCCCAACUUGAGGCUGAGAAGGAGGCAAGCGACAAGGAGCACGCUGAGGCAUUGGCCAAGGCUCAAGCUGGAAUCGAUGCUGCCAAGUCUGCUGGUGAUGAGGCUCACGCUACUGAGAUCGCCAACCUCAAGGCUGAACUCGAGGCUGCGCGAGAUGCUGCCAAGAAGUCUCUAGAAGUUGAGCUGGAGGCUUUGAGGGCCGAGCUUGCAGAGAGCAAGAAGGCUGGUAGCAGCAACGACGAGGAGUUGGCUACCAUCAAGGCCGAGCUUCAGACCGCCAAGGAGGAGCUCGAGAAGGCACGCGACUCUAACCAGCAAGCCAUCGAGAUGGCCCGCUUCGAGCUGGAGAAGGAGCAUGCUAACGAGGUUGAGAAGCUCAUUGCUUUCAACAGCGAAGUUAUGGAGCACAUGAAGAAGGAGGGUACUGAUGUCAAGAAGGAGCUCGAGGAGUUGACCAGUGCUCACACCAAGGCUAUUGAGGAUAUGAUGGCUGAGCACAGAAGCAACAACAGCCACUUGGAGGAUAAGCUCGCCCAGCAGGCUGCUUCCAACGCUGAUCUCGAGACUGCUCUGAACACUGCUACAGAGGCCCUCGAGAGGGCCCAGCAGGAUGUCGAGGAGCUUUCUCAGCAGCUUGCACAGGAGAAGACCGAGCGAUUCACUGCUCUUGCUGAGCUUGAGGACGCAAGGAACACCAAGCCUGAUAGCGCCGAGGCCGAUGCUCUCAGACGGGAGCUUGCUACAGCCAAGAAGUUCCACGAGGAUGCUCUAGCCAGCGCUGAUGCCGAGCUCAAGGCAACACAGAGCGAGCUCGAGGCUGCCAAGAGUAACCUGACAACUCUGACAGGUGACCUCAACCUUGUUCAGAAGGAUCUCGAGGCCUUCAAGGCUGAGGCCGAUGCUAGCAAGAAGACAGCCAAUGCCGACUACCAAGAUCUUAACGACAGCAUGACUACGCUUAUUGAGGACGCCAACAACAGGGCCAAGGAGCUUCAGGCCAAGCUGGAGGAUACUGUGGCCAAGGUUGAGGACAGUGAGAAGAAGAUUGAGAUUCUCGAGGCUCAGCUCAAGGUGAAGGAUGCUGAGAUUGCCGAGGCAAAGGCCAACGCUGCUGUUGCCAAGCCAAAGGGUCUUUCAGCCAGUAGAUUUGCGACAGAGGGCGACGACGCUGCUGCGAACGAAGAGGCGGCGGAAGGUGAGGAAAUUGAUGACCACUCCUCAGUAGCACUUGCUUCGAUAAGUAAGGCAAGGCUCACAGCUAAGCAAAUGGAUACCCUUGAUAGGGAAAUGAGGGAUCGCAACUUGCAGUUGUUGAAGUCCAUCACGGAUGUCAAGUCACCAAAGCUGAGUGGUGAACAUCACUACGAGCAGCAGCAAUUCGACCAGCAGCAGUACAGUUAA